GCAUCCAGGAUUCUGUUUAGCGCUUCAUCAUCGAAUCAAGAACUGGCAGAUCUUGGUGUACUCACAACAUAAGUAUCAACACAAGAUUAGCUUACUAAAAUUGCAUUGGAUCGUGGAAUUUAGGUGCCUUGAUUCUAGAUUUAUUUUGGUGGAAUUCAAGAGACAAUGUACCCAGGUGGUUAUACUGCUGAAGUGACAAGCCUAUCUCCAAAAGCUACUGAGAAAGAUGUUCAUGAGUUUUUUGCUUACUGCGGUGCAAUUGAGCAUGUUGAAAUUAUCAGAUGUGGGGAGGAUGCAUGUACUGCUUAUGUAACAUUUAAAGAUGCCUAUGCACUUGAAACUGCUAUCUUACUCAGUGGAGCUACGAUAGUUGAUCAAUCAGUGUGCAUAUCACGCUGGGGAUCAUACAUAGAUGAUUCUUAUCCUUGGGAUGCUCCUUCAUGGAAGAUUCAAGAGGAUAGUAACUCAAUGAUUGCCCAUGCGAACCAAUUUGCUUCUACACCUGGAGAAGCAGUCACAGCAGCUCAGGAAGUUGUUAAGACCAUGAUGGCCAAGGGAUAUGUGCUGGGCAAAGAUGCUUUAUUCAAGGCCAAAGCUUUUGAUGAGUCCCAUCAAGUUUCAGCUACUGCAGCAGCUAAGGUUGCCGAACUCAGCAGCAGAAUUGGGCUUACAGAUAAAAUCAACACUGGAAUGGAAACCGUUAAAUUCGUGGAUGAGAAAUUCCAUGUCUCAGAUAUCACCAAAUCAGUUGCAUAUGCCACUGGCACAGCAGCUGUGAUUGCAGCAACCGUUACCGGUAAAGCUGCCAAAACAGCCGCUACUGCUGUAGUCAACAGCAGCUACUUUGCCAAGGGAUCUCUCUGGGUUUCUGACGUUUUGUCCCAUGCAGCCAAAGCGGCAGCUGAUCUGGCUACUCAUGAAAGUAAACAAGCAGAAACUUAAGUUGAUAUGUCCAUUUAGCUUACAAAGACAAUGUGAGCCCUUUUUCACUUCCCUGUCCAAAAGUAAUUAGUCUGUUGUAUACAACUUUCCCAGUUAAUGUAGUUGUAUGACAUGUUUUUCUAAAACAUUCUCUUCUUUGGGAGUGACGUAGUCUGCUGGUUUUAUCUUCUGUGGAAUGGACCUGAUGUUUGAGUCUUCCUUGCCAUUGAUGACUUGACUCAGCUUCCAAUUUCGGCUGAUUCUGCUCCACUGAAUGCGAGAUCUCAGGUCCAUGAUGACCUAUUAAAGCUUCUGAGUCAAAAUGGUGUUUAGGCCUUUUUAAUUUGAUAUUGUGAAGGUGUUUUAGGCUUUAGUAACCAGCUUAUUCUUUUGGUCCAUUUGAUGGUGGUGGAUUACACAACAUGGAAGAAUUUUCUGUAUGCCAUCAGUCCGUCCCAUAGAUUGAACCCGAAAAUUUCCACUUUGAUUUGAUGUGUAAUGCUCGAUUUGGAUGGUUGUCUGUCCCUGAGCAGGUUUUCUGUUACUGUUAAAUGAUAUCUUUAAACAAACCUUGCAUAAAGUU